AUGUUUAUCCAAUUUCUUUUUAUUCCCACAUCGUCAAUCUGUCCAUCUUGCUUCUACAUUAACAGCAAAAAUGACACGGAAUAUCAUGCGCCCAACACUACCUGGACAGACGGGAGCUGCCUGAAGCUUAAGUGCGAACUUACUGUUAACCCAUGCUACCCUCUUAACCAAAGUGCACAGAUAAAAACAGAGCAUAUAAUUUGCGACAAAUGUCCAACGGGAUCUAUUCGACCUCCUGCCAAUGACAAAGAGUGUUGUCCUCCAUGUGAACCGGGUCCUAGCAGUGGCAAUUGUUUACUAAACAAGGGAAAAUUUGAUUACAUCAAGACAAAGGAAAACUGCACGUCCAGGAUUAAGUAUCAGCACAACACAUGCCGCGGAACGUGCGAGUCCACGUCCACUUCAACGUAUGGUGAGACCGGCUUGGAUUCGUUCUGCGCAUGUUGCCAGCCUUCAGUAGGAAAACUCUGGACUGCGACUCUGGACUGCCCUAACAAUGAAGUCCGAUCGACAAACUUUUUCGAGAUUAGAGCGUGUCGCUGUCGACAGUUCAAGUGUGUUUCUGAGCAAGACAAAAGCGGAAUGGAAGAGAUUAACGAAAAAGGUCAAGUUGUGGACAUCAACCAACAGAGUGUCGGCCGAAGACGUCGCCGUUAAUCAAUUACAGGGGAAGGACUGGGUCAAAUUAUCAACUAUCUCACAAAUUCUUAACCUUAUAUGAUGGGGGAGUUAAUGUUUAAUAAAAAUGUACCGGAUAUGUAAA